AUGCCUGUGGAUUUCAGUGGUUACUGGAAAAUGGUCAGCAAUGAAAAUUUUGAGGAGUAUAUGAAAGCAUUAGAUGUAAACAUUGCUGUAAGAAAAAUAGCAAACUUGCUAAAACCUGACAAAGACAUCAUUCAGAAAGGGGAUCAUAUGAUCAUUAAAACGCUAAGUACUUUUAGAAACUACAUCAUGGAAUUUGAUAUAGGAAAGGAGUUUGAGGAGGAUUUGACUGGACUGGAUGAUCGCAAAUGCAUGGUAAGAAUGAGAACUGUUACUAGUAUGUGACAGAGAAAAAAAAGAUAAGGAAUAAUUAAUACGGAUACUAAGUCUUGCAAGGGGUGCACUUGCAAGACAUCUUGGAAUGUUUUUUUGUAUUGCACAGCUUUA